UCCGGGUCCCGCUGCCCGCGCGCCCGAGCCGGGCCCAGGCCCAAGCCGAGCCGGCGCGAAUUUCAGGCCCCGAGCGCAGAGCACGAUACGAGUCUCAGCAACAAGUUGCGGGCCGGGCCGGGGCGCGGCGACCCCGCUGCGGGCGAGGAGAGCGGCUGACCGGCGGCCAGUGGGGACCAGGAAGGGGGGAGGGUCUCUCCACCUGGAGCCGCUGCCCGUGGACACCCGGGGGUCUUUGCGCUGAGUUUGGAGGACCCUCGGAGUCGCCGCCCAGCCCGAUCGCCCGCACAGUAACGGUCCCGGCCCGAGCUCCGGCUUUGGCCUUGCUGACUGCUCACCUGCCGCCUAGCCAGCCUUCAGGGGCGCCGGGCACCGCCUACCUUCUUCCCUGCCGCAAACCCAGAGUGACCUACCCUCUGGGCACCCAGGGUGCCCCAGAGCACCCUCCCCGCUUGUUCUCCCUCGCCCUGGCCCCUCUGAGGGGCUUGUCCUUCAAACCUCAACUCUGCUGCCUCUCCCAGGACCGCCCACCAGAGCUGAAGCGCUGCAGCAUGGCGCGCGGCUGCCUGCAGGGCGUCAAGUACCUCAUGUUCGCCUUCAACCUGCUCUUCUGGCUGGGAGGCUGCGGCAUCCUCGGCGUCGGCAUCUGGCUGGCGGCCACGCAGGGGAACUUCGCCACCCUGUCCUCCUCCUUCCCGUCCCUGUCAGCCGCCAACCUGCUUAUUGUCACCGGCACCUUUGUGAUGGCCAUCGGCUUUGUGGGCUGCAUCGGGGCCAUCAAGGAGAACAAAUGCCUUCUGCUCACUUUCUUCGUGCUGCUGCUGCUGGUGUUCCUGCUGGAGGCCUCCCUCGCCAUCCUCUUCUUCGCCUACACCGACAAGAUCGACAGGUAUGCACAGCGGGACCUGAAAAAGGGCCUACACCUGUAUGGCACCCCCGGUAACGUGGGCCUCACCAACGCCUGGAGCAUCAUCCAGACAGACUUCCGCUGCUGCGGGGUCUCCAACUACACUGACUGGUUCGAGGUCUACAACGCCACGCGCGUGCCGGACUCCUGCUGCCUGGAGUUCAGCGAGAGCUGCGGGUUGCACGCGCCCGGCACCUGGUGGAAGGCGCCGUGUUACGAGGCGGUGAAGGUGUGGCUCCAGGAGCACCUGCUGGCCGUGGGUGUCUUCGGGCUGUGCACAGCACUGGUCCAGAUCUUGGGCCUGACCUUUGCCAUGACGAUGUACUGCCAGGUGGUGAAGGCUGACACCUACUGUGCGUAGGCUGCCAGCUGCCCGCCACCCCUGCUUUGCUGCCGAAGGACGUCGCCCCUGGGGAGAUGACCGUGUCCCCACCUGCGUCUCCCGCUACAGGACCUCUCACCAGCCCAGGCAUGGGGGCGGGAGGACCGGGCAGCCAGAGCCCCCCAAGGGCUGCCAGCCAGGCCUGUGAGCGCCGCCGUGCGGCCGGGGCUGCAGUCGGGAGGGGCUUCUGACGCUUCUUAUACCCAGGUACCCUCCAGAGCAGUGUGCUCCCCCUCAGCCCUGUGCAGGGCGGGGGGCUGGGGUGGGAGGUGGGGGACUGACCACUGGUCCUGGUGCUUGAGGCGGGUCUGCAGCCCCGUCCACCCACGUUCCACAGCAGGGCCGCGGCCGGCUCUGCGUGCGUCUUAAUAAAGUGUGUGGGCAGCAGCCCCCGA